GAUUUCAAAGAAAAUAAUCUCUAUUACACACAUUUUGGCACUGCUAUUAAACAAUCGUCUUUACCACGAAUUAAGAACCAUUCAACAGUUUGCCCACCACAUUGAAUGCGCACCCAUUAAACUUAAUAAUAGACUUUACAUUAGCCUUUUCAUACAAUCCAAUGUAAAAACCCCAGAUUUUAUUAUUGAAUAUGUAAAAAAUUAUCUUUCAAGUCAAUUUACAUAUUAUUUUUUAAAUGGGUUUAAUAAUGACUACUUUAAAUCAACACAUAAGAUAUUAAACUUUUUAAAUGGUAAUCAAGAACAACAGCAGCAACAAAAACAGCAACAGCAACAACAAAAUCAAACUGCAUUUAACCCAAACUACCAAGUACAAAGUGGUGUACCCCAACAACAAUCUCACCAAAAACAACCACCCCAUUACAAUAACAACACCUAUUAUCAACAACAUGAACAAUACAAUGGUAGAAUAAAUCAAAAUCAAAACCAAAUCGCUUUGAACUAUUGGGAUAAUUUUAAUGUUUUUGGGUGUUAUCAAUAUAAUGAAAAGAUAUCAAAAACCAUUAAAAAACUAAACUUUAAUCAAAUUAAAAAAGUUUAUCUAAAAUAUAUUUAUCCACCCAGCAAAGAUACUUGUUUAUUUGUAUAUCAACAAUACCCCAAAUCAAUUUUAUUGGAUAGCUUUUACAACCCAAACACUAGUAUAAACAAUAACAAUAAUGAAAAGAUAAAAUUAAUAACAAAUGAUUAUAAUUCUUUUAAACUAUCAUUUAUCCAAUCAGCAAAUAGUUAAAAAAAAUAAAUUAAAUUAAAAAAAAAAAAAAAAAAAAAAAAAAGAUUUAUAAUAUAUAAUUUUUUGAGAUAAAUAAAAUUAUUUAUUUUUAAAAUG